CGGCAGCCGAGCUCCUGGUAGUACGCUCCAACUCAACACAGCACCCAACAACUUCACCAUGACUCAUCUGCUACGAUUCGAUAUGAGCUUCCUUUCGCCGGAACGCUGACGAUUGCUCAAACAUAAGGGCGAAAGCCCUGGGCCGGAGCGGCGGCUGGGCGAGUGUGAGGACGAGAUGCCUCCGCCCGCGUCCACGUCCGCUCCCGCGACCGCGACCGCUUCCGCUACACCGGACUCGCCGACCUCGGCUGCCUCCGCGCACGCCUCCGUAACACAGCCGCUCUCCAACAACGUCCCGAAGAGCAGGUCAAUGGUGGUAUCUCUGACACCACCGCGGCAGCGGGAGACAUGGGCAAAGAAGGCGGAGUUCCUUCUGGCUGUGGUGGGGUUCGCGGUAGACCUUGGCAACGUGUGGCGAUUUCCCUAUAUCUGUUACCAGAACGGAGGCGGUGCAUUCCUGAUACCGUACUGCGUGAUGCUGUUGUUCGGAGGUCUGCCGCUCUUCUUCAUGGAGCUCGCGCUGGGACAAUACCAUCGCUGCGGCUGUCUCACGCUCUGGAAGCGGAUCUGUCCUGCUCUCAAAGGCGUCGGGUACGCCAUUUGCAUGAUCGACAUCUACAUGGGCAUGUACUACAAUACCAUCAUCGGCUGGGCGGUGUACUACCUGGUGGCCUCGCUGGCUUCCAUCAACUCCGUGCUCCCCUGGACCAGCUGCGACAACGAGUGGAACACGCCUCUCUGCUCGCCGGUCACCGCGCCGCAAACCAACCCUAACGCCAGCACGCCCGCUAAGGAAUUCUUCGAACGAAACGUUUUGGAGCAGCAUAGGUCUAACGGACUGGAGUACAUGGGACCGAUCAAGCCUUCGCUGGCACUCUGUGUCUUCGGAGUGUUUGUGCUUGUAUACUUCUCCUUGUGGAAAGGUGUGCGAAGUGCUGGCAAGGUAGUAUGGGUGACGGCGUUGGCUCCGUACGUGGUGCUGCUCAUCCUUCUGGCGAGGGGCGUGACGCUGCCUGGAGCGACUGAGGGCAUACGAUACUACCUUACGCCGGAAUGGCACAAACUGCAGAAUUCUAAAGUGUGGAUCGACGCCGCCUCUCAGAUUUUCUUCUCACUGGGUCCCGGGUUCGGCACGCUGCUGGCACUCUCCAGCUACAACAAGUUCAACAACAACUGCUACCGUGAUGCCCUCAUCACCUCCUCCAUCAACUGUCUCACAAGCUUUCUCGCGGGAUUCGUUAUAUUUUCUGUACUAGGGUAUAUGGCUCAUGUCCAAAACAAGAGCAUUGAAGAAGUGGGACUGGAAGGUCCAGGUUUGGUGUUCAUCGUUUACCCAGAGGCCAUUGCAACCAUGACCGGCUCCGUGUUCUGGGCAAUCAUCUUCUUUCUCAUGCUUAUCACGCUCGGCCUAGACAGUACUUUUGGUGGCCUGGAGGCUGUGACGACGGCUUUGUGCGACGAAUACCCGCGAGCGCUCGGCAGGCAUCGGGAGCUGUUCGUUGCUGGUCUGCUGGUCUUCAUAUAUAUCUGUGCUCUUCCCACCACCACAUACGGCGGAGUAUAUCUGGUGGACCUGCUGAACGUGUACGGGCCAGGGCUCGCGAUACUAUUCGUGGUGUUUGCGGAGGCCGCUGGUGUAUGCUGGGUUUACGGGGUGGACCGCUUCUCCGAAGACGUGCGCACGAUGCUUGGCCACGCGCCUGGCUGGUUCUGGCGAGCUUGCUGGUCUUACAUCAGUCCAGUUUUCCUGCUAGUGCUGUUCGUCUUCUCGGUACUAUCCCACCAGGAGAUGCUCGGCGGGGAGUAUGUGUACCCGGAGUGGUCUAUCAACGUCGGCUGGGCAAUGACCGGCACCACAGUCUCCUGCAUACCGCUAUAUAUUAUAUACAAACUGAUCAUCACGCCUGGAAACCUUGCGACUCGAAUCCGAACGAUCAAGCGUCCGGAGCAGACAACCAUCCCUCCAGCUGAUGCUCUGUGCUCGCUGUGACCGAGCAACACUGACACCGCUCCCACCACCAUACUAGCACUCCCCUCGCAUCAGAUGACCGGACGAGACACCAAGCCACACGCGAUAGAAUGGCUCGUCUAGUCUACUUUUAAAAUACAGUCUAACGCCGAUAUUCAAAUAGGUAUCUUAAAAAAAAUACGUGAUCCAAUAAGGCCUUGUCCACAUUCAACUUAGAAUGGCAUUCGAAAGGUUUGAAUUAGGCAAGAAAAAGGAAGGUAUUUCGUUUGCUAUUGUAUCUUGUAUGUGGAGAAGAGCUGAAAUAGUUCCAAAAAAAAAAAAAACAAAAGUUACAAAGAGCAUGUGGACGUGGUGAUGACACUUUCUUGAAUACGGGAAUAAAUUUAAGGAUCUUUGUGUAAUUAUAUAAAAACAUAGUAGGCAGUUCGUCGCACAACUAGAGCUUCAUAAAUAUGUGUGUGAGAAUGUAUUUUAGAGUACGUGUGUUGAUGUUAACAUACUAUACUACAAUAUAUUAUAAUAUAGGUGUGUAGUUAUUACAGGUGUGUAGUUAUUACAAAUAAUUAUUUUUCCUAUGAGUUCCUAUGUAUUUACGUUCUUGAAACUUUCAUAAUUGCUAGGUACUUACAAAAUCGAGCGGGUUUCAAGAUUUAUAGUCAUAUUUUAAAAAUAAGUGAUUAAAAUAAUGUUAUAAUAUAUAUAUAAAUAAGUAAAAAUAUGUAAUGUAAUCUCUAUUCAGAAGAUAAGUAAAUUAUAAAUAUUGUUAAUGUUUUAAUUUGUCUAUAUAUAUUAUAAUUUAUAUGCUUUUAUGUUAUUUACAGUUGGUAGGUAAUAUUCAGAAUAUACCCUGGAUUAAAGGUUUGAUUUAUUAGUAAGAGACGCCAAACCUAGUAGGUAACAACCUACUUAAUAACGUGAAUGAAGAACACGAGUCGUUCCAAGGUCAAAUGAAACAGGAACUAAAAAAAUCUAAGAUAAUAUGUUAAUUUUCUUAGAAAAAAUUCCAAACUUCUAGAAUUUUUUUUAAAGUCUACUAUCAUUUUGUGCAUUGUAGAAGAUUGUUCGAGAACUUUGAUCCUUGAGUGUCUCGUAUCGACUGAAACUGUCGAGAAUCCUGAAACCCUGUUUUAUUAUAAUCAUCUAAGAUCUGAGACUCAUUACUACUCAUGUAGUUUAGUUAGUGUUGCCUCCUAAAUUAGUGUUUUGAAUUAUGUUGCAAAACUGUUUACUAAUAGAAGUAUUAUUAAAUUUUAUUGUGUUACCUGUAGAGUGUGUUAUUUGUUAGGCACAGUACGUAAAUAAGUUUAGUAUGAGUGUUUUAGACUCUAUAAUAGAGUAACGCUGUAUAUAUAAUAAAUAAAAUUGCUGGGCAGACUAUAAGAUAUAUAUUAAAUUGUACUUAUUUUCGGUGAUUAACGCUAGUGUUACACAUUUAAAUAAAACACUUUUUAAAGGAUUGAAACGCGUGUAAUUGUAACUUUGUUUGUACAUUAGAUUUUUGCGUAAGUUACAUUUUUAUUAUUAUUUUAGUUAACCCAACGUUUCAAGACCUUUAUAGAUCCCGUUUUCAGGGUGACUGCAGAUGAAAUGAGUCAAGAUAGUAUUUUUCAUAGGUAGUUGUCGUUAUGAAAUUGUACUGUAACUUUUACCUAAAAAUCUAAUGUAAAAACAAAGUUACAAAUACACGCGUUUUAAUCCUUUAAAGAAUGUUUUAUUUAAUUAUAUAUAUUGUUUACGCUGUUAGUGAGCUUUUAGAUAAUUGUGUGCGUUAAAAAUAAGUAAAUAUUAUUGGAUGCUGUGUAAAAUUAUUCAAGUACAAAUAAUCAUUUUUGUCGUCAUAAAUAAAGAUCUAUUUAAACUAUUACACCGUUAUUCUCUUAUAUAUUAAACACUGUAUUGGCAUUAUAUUCCACUUUUUACAUAAAAAUUAGUUAUAAAGUUUUAGCAUUUCUGUAUUCUCGGGCAAUGAAUGCAGCAAUGUUUAAACAUUUUUAUCAUAUCUAGUUGUAAUUAUUGUUCUUAUUCCAUGUUUAGUCUCUUGUAGUUCGGUAGAGUACCUAGCCAACUUGUUGGGCAGAUUUUAAUAGAUAUUAUAGCAAUACUCGAUGUAAAUGUAGGUAGAUAUUAUGUGAUGUUACUACUUCGCUUAAGAAUAAUAAUUAUGAUAAAUUAAUAAUGUGUAGCUAGCUACCAACGUAUGUUCAUAAAAAUAUUUCUUUCAUAUCCUUUCACGUAAUUAAUACAUCGGAUAAGGAAGAUUUGUAAGGUAAUCAACCUAAUAGACAAACUCUUAUUACUCUUAUAUAGCUGAUACUAAGUAACACAAUUAUAACCUAUUUAAAAUUAACACACCAAUGUAAUUGAUAUAGCCUGUUGGGUAGUGCUGAAUUUUAAAGUGCUUAACCAUUUUAACUAUUAAUUUUCUCCCAUGUUAAUUCAAGCGUACCUAUUGGAGUAUCUAAGACAUUACAGGCGAACAAUUUUUUUGGCGCCACACAAGUCUUCUUAAUUCAAAUUCUUUCUAAUUUUAUACCACUACAGCAUAACAUUACCAAGGGUUAAUACAUCGAUUGCAUCUUUGUAUUAAUUUUGAUUAAUUAAUAUGUAUUACUUUAGGCUCAUUAAUAUUCAUCACGAACAUAGUUAGAACAUUAAAAGAAAUGGUCGCGUGAGUACAGAGUAAACAUAAUUUAGUGUCAAAUGUUUUUUUUUUACAUAAAGGCGUCGUUCGUUAGUUUCAGUUUCAGUCACUUCUAACAUAGCUACUCGCUUUGCCAUGGCUUUUUGUGAGUGUGAUUAUUGCAAGCAAUGUUGGUUACAUUAGGUACUUAUAUUAUCAAAACAUGUAUAGAGGUGUCUAAGUGUUUUUAUAUUAAAACUUAUUAAAUUGUUCAUAUACCCACAUAUUGAAAAUUUAAAUUAUUUUUGUAUUUUAUGAUAUAUAUUGGGCCUGGUUGUAAGUAAUAUUAUAUGUUGAUAUUUUUAUCACUAUAUUAUAUAAAUGUAACGUUUUCUAUAUACGCAAGUAUAUCUAAAUAGCUACAAGCAAUAAUAUUAUAUUAGCUAUAUAUUAGCUUGGGAUUGUACCUAUUGACUGUUAUUUUGUUGUUUUCUUUGCAAGAUAAACCUUUUUUGCCGAUUAUUACCACACUACUACUGCUAUGAUUAAAAUAGCUUUACUGCCGUAUAUUUUUUAUUUUUCACAAUUAUUGUAAGACAAAACAAAAUAGUACGUGCUGUUACUUUAGCUUCUAAGAUAGACUUGCAUUUAUAAUAUAAAUAUAAAAUCGUAAUCAUGAAAAUAAAAUCGGCGUCUCUAUGUUCGCUCGGAAGUAACUUGAUACAUAUAACACUUUCGAAAAGUGUUCUUCGAUCUAGUUUACAAUUAUAGGAACCUUCCUUACUGCGUAUUUAUGUAUCAAGAAUCAAAAUGUUUGUAUAUUUAGGCCCUGCAUUACUGUAUAGUAUCUAUAAAUAUAUAUCUAGCAUGUUUAGCGAGACAUAUUAUGUGAUUGUGGUAGAAAUAAACACCAAAUGGACAGACAUGAUCUGUGGCAGCCAUCGCAGCUCAGUCUGAUCAUUUGAUUUAACUAA